AUGUCGGGUCAUCAUCAUCACGAUCACGGCCAUGGAGAUCAUUGUCACGAUGAGGGACACGAUCAUUCCAAUGACAUCACUCCUGCCCUCCAAUCACUGUUGUACUCUCAGAUACAAUUUGAUAUGGUGUCUACAUUGAAUGAAUCCGUCCCUCGCGCCGGUACCGCAGUUCUCCAAAAGUCCUGGGCUGAACGAUUAAUUGAACAACCUGAGCUCGAGAGCGAUGCCGACGAACAGCUUCUGAUGCACAUUCCAUUUGCAGGACAAGUGAAACUGCACUCACUCCUGAUAUACACAGCUCCGACCCCAUGUGCUCCCAAGACCGUGAAGCUCUUCAAGAACCGAAAUGACCUCGAUUUCUCCAUGGCGUCGGAUUUGAAACCGACCCAGAUCCUUGAAAUUCCGCAACCUGUUACGGGGACUGACGUCUUUGACCUUCCCCUUAAUCGCGCACUGUGGAACACUACUACGUCCAUCACCCUGUUCUUCGAAGACAACUGGGGCGAGGAAGAGACUACCAGGAUCGGGUACCUUGGAUUCAAGGGACAGUUUAUGGCGCUGAACCGGGAGCCUGUCAGUGUCAUGUACGAAGCAGCUGCGAACCCCAGUGACCAUGUGGCUAUCCAGGGUGUGCAAGGAAUUGGAGGGAGGAUUAUGCCGGGACAAUAA